CUCGCAUGUUAUUUGUUGGGUCGGUUGGACAAAAAAAAGUGCCGAGAAAACCUGGGAGAGGAGCCAAAUCUUCCCAGAUGUAAGUGAAACCAGCCAUAUGGAGGAAGCGUCCUUGAAGGGAAACUCAAGCCAGAAAGACAUUUUUAUCUCCGAAGUGCAUGUCAGACCAAUUUUAGUUGUUGACUUAGAGAGACGGCAGAGAGAAAGACGAGUUCAGAGAGCUGUGGGAUGACUUUUAGCCACAGGUAUCAAGACAUAGUGUGAGAAGAACAGAUAAACUAUUUCAGUGAAGCCUGGAGAAAAGAAGGAAAAUAUGAAGCUUUAAAGGGACUUUGAACUCUGUUUGUGUGUUUGAUCUCAAACUUCUACUUUGACAUAUUCAUAUAGAAGGACUUUACCUGUAAGUCUGCUUUAUUUGAAACAGAAUCAGAAAGUUUAUUUUUGUUCUGAGCUGAAAAAAAAGAGAAGAAAGUUGAUUUUUCUUUCACAUGCUCAGUGGUAGCCCACCUCUUUGCUCAAAUGGAGAAUAUCAGCAGUAAAAGAACAAAUCAUAGAGGCCAUCAUCACUUAAACGUCACCUGAGAGACAGCCUAGCCUAGCCUAGCACAGCUUAGGUCAGCGCAGUGCCACUAGCUUGUCCCUCCAGCUUCCCUUCCCUGCAGAGUACCCCGCCCUUCAUUUCUACUUCAUCCCCAAGUGAGCUGCCAUGGCAUCAGUGCGCUUCACUGUGACACCCACCAAGGCGGAGGACCUCCCGGGGCUGUCCGACACGUCGCCUGACAUCAGCUCGCGCUCGGGCGCCCGUGUGCAAUUCGGCUCCAGGGAGAGCGUCAAUCGAAGUGACCCACUCAGCGAGGCAUCGGGAGGAGGAGGAGGGGCCGACACGCCUGAACACAGCAGCGUGGAGCAAGGUGACGGAAAUUCAAAAAUCUCCAGCGUGUACAUCAACAACACACAUGGGGUGGAUGACGAUGACUUCUACGACAGAAACUUGGCGUUAUUCGAGGAGGAGAUGGACACUCGGCCAAAGGUGUCCUCUCUGCUCAGUCGCCUGGCCAACUACACCAACCUGACCCAGGGGGCGAAGGAGCACGAAGAGGCGGAGAACAUCGGGGAGAAGAAGAAAGCAGGAAAGUCUCCUCAGAUGGGAACAUUUAUGGGCGUUUACCUGCCAUGCCUCCAGAACAUCUUCGGCGUCAUCCUGUUCCUGAGGUUGACCUGGGUGGUGGGAACAGCCGGGGUGCUGCAGGGUCUCUGCAUCGUCUUCAUAUGCUGCUGCUGUACGAUGCUGACUGCAAUAUCGAUGAGUGCGAUUGCCACCAACGGAGUUGUACCAGCCGGCGGGGCCUACUUCAUGAUCAGUCGCUCUCUUGGUCCUGAAUUUGGGGGUGCGGUGGGCUUGUGUUUCUACUUGGGCACCACUUUUGCGGGAGCCAUGUACAUCCUUGGAGCCAUUGAGAUCCUCCUGAUGUAUAUCGCACCCAAGGCAGCCAUUUUUGAGUCCAAGCACCCUGAGGGUGAAGGGGCAGCCAUGUUGAACAACAUGCGUGUCUACGGCUCCAUCUGCCUCCUUCUCAUGUCUCUGCUGGUCUUUGUUGGGGUAAAAUAUGUCAACAAACUGGCCUCCAUCUUCCUGGCCUGCGUCAUCGUCUCCAUUGUUUCCAUCUACAUCGGAGCGCUGGUCUCUGCCUUCAAACCGCCACAUUUCCCUGUGUGCAUGCUGGGAAACAGAACGAUUAGCGGCCAUGAAGUCCUGGAACGCCAAUGUGCAAAGACAAUCCUGCUCCAGAUCAACGAGCAGGCAGAGAGAGCAGACGCCAACUACACAGUUAUCAAUGAAAACAGCACCAUAAACCCGACUGUUAACCCCAGCCUGAGUCCUGCACCAGCAGAAAAGACCACGUAUCUUUGGAAGCAGUUCUGUGAGGGCACAGAGCUCAACGCUUCCUGUGAUAAAUACUUUAAUUCCAACAACUUUUCAGAGAUUGAAGGGAUUCCUGGACUGGCCAGUGGGACCAUUUCAGAGAACCUGUGGAGCUCCUACCUCAGCAAAGGAGACGUGGUGGAGAAAGGCUCCAUCGACUCAUCUCCCGAUGCACACCCGGCCUCCAUGCAUCAGCCUUACGUGUUCGCUGACAUCACCACCUCCUUCACCCUUCUGGUCGGCAUCUUCUUCCCCUCCGUCACAGGAAUCAUGGCAGGUUCAAACCGGUCAGGAGAUUUGAAAGAUGCCCAGCGCUCCAUCCCCAUUGGAACCAUCCUCGCCAUCCUCACCACCUCCCUUGUCUAUCUGAGCAGCGUUGUUCUGUUUGGAGCCUGCAUUGAUGGGGUUGUCCUCAGAGACAAAUUCGGGGACUCAGUCAGAGGAAAUCUGGUGGUGGGGACUCUGGCCUGGCCCUCUCCCUGGGUCAUCGUGAUCGGCUCUUUCUUCUCCACGUGCGGCGCAGGACUUCAGUCGCUCACCGGGGCCCCCCGGCUCCUGCAGGCCAUCGCCAAGGACAACAUCAUCCCCUUCCUGCGGGUGUUCGGUCAUGGGAAAGCUAACGGCGAGCCGACCUGGGCCCUGCUGCUCACCGCCCUGAUCGCUGAGCUCGGCAUCCUCAUCGCCUCUUUAGACCUGGUGGCUCCAAUUCUAACAAUGUUUUUCCUCAUGUGUUACCUGUUUGUAAACCUCGCCUGUGGCCUCCAGACUCUCCUAAGAACACCCAACUGGAGGCCUCGCUUCUCCUAUUACCACUGGACGUUAUCAUUCUUGGGGAUGACCAUCUGCCUGGCGCUGAUGUUCAUAUCCUCCUGGUACUACGCAAUCGUUGCCAUGUUGAUCGCCGGCAUGAUCUACAAGUACAUUGAGUAUCAUGGAGCGGAGAAGGAGUGGGGGGAUGGGAUCCGGGGUCUCUCGCUCAGUGCAGCUCGUUACGCCCUCUUGAGGUUGGAGGAGGGGCCACCACACACCAAAAACUGGAGGCCCCAGGUGCUGGUCUUACUUAAACUGGAUGAGGACGCCCACGUCAAGUCUCCUCGCCUGCUGACGUUUGCCAGCCAGCUGAAGGCGGGAAAGGGCCUGACCAUCGUUGGCACAGUCGUCUCUGGAAACUUCCUCCAAAGCUACGGGGAGGCUCUCGCUGCUGAACAGACUCUGAAGCAUCUGAUGGAUAAAGAGAGAGUGAAAGGUUUCACUCAGUGCAUCGUGGCUCAGAAGCCGCGUGAGGGAAUCAGCCAUAUGAUUCAGUCGAGCGGGCUCGGGGGGAUGAAACCAAACACAGUGGUGAUGGGCUGGCCGCAUGCAUGGAGGCAGAGCGAGGAUCCACAGGCCUGGAAGACCUUCAUCAACACAGUGCGGGUAACAACAGCAGCUCACCUGGCCCUGCUGGUGCCCAAAAACAUCUCCCUUUUUCCAAGCAAUAGCGAGCCGUGCACAGACGGCUACAUCGACGUGUGGUGGAUUGUUCAUGAUGGAGGGAUGCUCAUGCUGCUGCCCUUCCUGCUGCGCCAACAUAAAGUGUGGCGAAAGUGCGGCAUGAGGAUCUUUACGGUGGCCCAGAUGGAGGAUAACUCCAUCCAGAUGAAGAAGGAUCUGGCAACAUUCCUCUAUCAUCUCCGCAUUGAGGCUGACGUGGAAGUUGUUGAAAUGCAUAACAGCGAUAUCAGCGCAUACACCUAUGAACGGACCCUGAUGAUGGAGCAGAGGUCUCAGAUGCUCCGACAGAUGCGACUCUCUAAAUCAGACCGGGAGAGAGAGGCCCAGCUGGUGAAAGAUCGUAACUCAAUGCUGAGGUUGACAAGCAUCGGAUCAGACGACGACGACGACACAGACGGCGGUGAACGAGAGAGGCCGGCGAGCAGCAGCGGCAGCUCAGAGCACCAUCGGAGAGUCCAGAUGACCUGGACCAAAGAGAAGGCAGCGCAAUACCGAGCGACGCACUCUGGCUGCUCCACACCUGAGGGCUUCAGAGACAUGCUCAGCAUCCGGCCGGAUCACUCCAAUGUCAGGCGGAUGCACACCGCGGUCAAACUCAACGAGGUCAUCGUCAACAAGUCCCAUGAUGCCAGGCUGGUCCUGCUCAACAUGCCCGGACCUCCAAAGAACACAGAGGGAGAUGAGAAUUACAUGGAGUUCCUCGAAGUCCUGACUGAAGGUUUGGAGCGCGUCUUGUUGGUCAGAGGAGGAGGAAGUGAGGUCAUCACUAUCUACUCUUGAUCGGACAAGAGGGCGUUAAGUUAAAGAGGCGACCAGUCAUGCUGAAGCGAGCGCAGGAGACGGCGGGAUGCUCUGUAAGCUCUAAAGGCGGGAGCUUGGGACAGAAAAAAAAAAAAAAGACUGUUAGCAUCGGCCGUUGCGCCCAACACCUCCAUCCACCCUUCAGCCCCUUUCCCUGUCACCUCCACACUUUUCUGUCACGGCAAGGGUUUCCAUUCCACUUACAACAACUCACAGAAACGCCAACAUGAUUCCAGGAACAAGCAAAAGAAUGAGAGCGGUCAGCUGUUUGUGUGUCAGAGUCACCUGUGUGUCAGAGGAGGGGCCAGUGUCGUGUGUGCGUGAAUGAGGCGAGCGAGGCGUCCCACUGACGAGACUCAGGGUUGCUUUUUGUACAGAAUGUAUUAGAAAGCAGAUGCGAGUGCGAGCGGAGCCUGUGUGUGUGAAUCUAGUGUUUAAUGUUGUCCAUAAAGUCAGACUUUACAUUUACUCACUGCUACAUAAAAACUGGAAAGAAACAGUGCUGCAAAACAAGUGGGGAAUCUCUGUUUUAAAUCCUCUUUUACAUAUUUUAACAAGACGAAAGAAACAUUUUAUUUAACUACAUAUCAGUAAAAUGUUUCCUUUUCUUACCUCAGAUUAUUUUAAUCCACAUAAAGAAAUUCAGGGUCUGUUUUUUUCUGUUUUCCUUUUUUGUUUUCUGAACUCGCUGCUGGUUCUGGCUAGUCUGUUCUUUUGUAUGGAAGCCCAUUUCUGCCAAAAUAGAAAAAAAAAGAUGCAUGAAAAAUUAGGCAUAAUCAAAAAAGGGCUUUUACUUUGUACUUGUGAGGUUCUAAUUCUGACUUCUUUCAUCGUCUUAGUAAUUCUUUUACCAUCAUAUUUUAAAGUUAAAAGUAUGAAAAACUUA